AUGGGCGAAACUCAGAACUCUGACACCAAGAUGGCCAAUCAAUCAUGGAGGAAAAAGCCUCGCAGGUUCGCCCCAAAGUCAAGACUUGGCUGUAAAACUUGCAAAAUAAGACGAAUCAAAUGCGACCUGGCUCAGCCUUCAUGCUUGAAGUGCCAGUCCACGGGUCGCACAUGCGACGGCUAUGGUGAUAUCGCCGAUGUCCCGUCAACUUUCACGGCCGGGAUUGGACCCUACAACGAGAACCGCACUUUCCGCCGCCAUCUCACAACUACCAGUGUGGCACGACCAACACGAUGUGACGUUGAACCCGAUGGCCGCAUCUUGCAGAACCCUGGAGCCUUCAUGAUCUUACCAGUGACCGAACCAGCACAGGCGGAGGCUCUGAGUUUCUUUAAGGAUGUUGCCAUCAAAAAUCUCAAUGAAUAUCGCCCUUGCAAUUCAUGGCGUAAGACUCUCAUGUUCUUCUCUCAAACCGAGCCAUCAGUUCGAUGUGCCGCCACUGCUCUGGCCUUGAUGCACCGCAAUCGCCUGGAUCGAGAUUCUAACCACGGUUUACACCAACCACAGUCCUUGAAAUGCCGUCUCCAGGAUGACGCCCCCUUGCUUUACUACAAUCGAGCCAUUCAACUACUUCUUAGCCGAGGGGACAGUGAUGACACUCAAUCAACAGCCAUCACUCUUUUGGUUUGCUACCUCUUCACCUGCUUUGACCAUCUGGCGGGCAACUACGUUCAAGCCAUGAAACACCUGCGCGGAGGCAUAGAGCUCUCACGUAACAUCUAUCAGACCACGUUAAACAGACAUAACGCCUUUUAUGGUCCCAAACCUUCGGGGGUUCAACAUCUCAUUUAUCAAGUCACAAGACAGAUCCGCCGUCUGGACAUGCAGGCUGUGAUGUUUCUCAUCGACUGGACCCCCGUGGAUAGUCAAGAGAACUAUUUUCCCCAGCUCUCAAUAUCCGAUACCACCUUCCAGUCCAUCGAACAAGCAGCCGACCACCUCCAGAUUCUCGUUACUCGGGUAAUGAGACUGCGUAACACGGAGCAGGAAUUGUCUCCACAGGGGAAAAUGCCCCCAUUGCCUUCGCCAUUUAAGGGUAUCACCCUCGGACAGUUGGAGUCAUGGUCCAAUCUUUUCGAAAACAUGUUGGAACAGGACAACUGCCAUGAGACAACUUCUGACUCCCUUGCUCUGAUCUCUCUAUUACGCCUCCAAUAUACUACCGCAUGGACUCUGCUCAAAAGUCACGGCCCUGAAAAGGAAAUGAGCUAUGACAACUUCCUACCCCAGUUUCGGCAAUGUGUGGCCUUGGCGCGCGACGCAGCAGAAGCCCAUGAACGGUUAUCAGGGUCACUGAGGCCUACUUUUACGCCCGAGAUUGGAAUCAUCCCCGUGCUUUACAUAAUCGGGGUCAAAUGCCGAGAUCCCACAGUCCGUCGCGAGGUUUUGGAUAUUUUGCGGCGACAACCGAUACAGGAGGCGGUCUGGGACAGUAGCUCUACUGCUCGUGUAGUAGAGCGGGUAAUCGAGAUUGAGGAGGGGGGGUCUCAACAAGGGAAGGCGAUACAGAGGAUGGAGCAAAUACCUGUGUGGAAACGAAUCGAGGCGAUGUCCUGGGUGCGGUCUCCCGCCCAAAUGGACAUCAAAUAUACUUUCUGUGCGCGGGAGGGAAUAAAUCUGGAGUCCCUCUCAAUAUAA